AAAUACUGCUACUACUAAGUUCUACUGCUAAUAAAUUGCCUGACCAUUUCGAAGUCAGAACAUUUCAUCUCGUCACCCGUCAUUUCUGAUUUCUCUUUGCGAUAGGGCCACUACCUAGUCAACAUGAUCGGUUCUAGCCGACGAGUCGGAGUCUGCGGUGUCAAGUUCGGGGGGAUAGCAUCCUGCGGGGCCCUGAGUCGAAAUCUCGAGCGAGAGUAUUGUCAGGGGCAGAGCAGCGCCGGAUCCGCUUGUGCUAGCAGCUUUCGUGGCAAGAAUUCUUCUUCGACCACGCGGUCCGCAGCAGCCGUCCUUCUACUUGGGGUCGAGACCUCUUUCUUUGUGGGUGUGGCGGGGUUGCGAAAAAGUCGGCCCGAACAAGUUAAAGCAAAAACACAUGCGGGCCGCCAAUCGAGAAAAUUUGACCGUCCGAAAGCAUCCUACAACGGCGACAAAAAAAACGUAAGUGCAGAGUCCGUAUGUGUUUUCGCUUUUCGAUGAAGAAGAGAAGCCUGCCUGAAGGGUUUUUUUUCGCAACAUGUACAUCAGCUGUUUUUUUCAUCUAGUGUACUGAAUGCAAGGGCUACUUUGAAUACGCAACUCUCGUUUAUGCAGGUCACCGGACGCACACGCAGCAAAACCCUACAGCUGGCGAGCAUUGGCAGUGGUCGUGGAGUAUCCUGUUCAUAGACGUACCAACCCCGGGCUACUCGCGCGGAUAUAAUUGCACGUGCAGCAAAUCCAGGGGUACCUGCAAGCGCCUCAGGGCAAGAGGCACGCUCUUGUUGUAUUCGGAAGAAAGUUGUUAUGUUGUGAUAUAGCGUAAUCGGGGCCAGAUGAUGGAUUCGUGCUGCGGCUUUGAUAGCAAAGCAGAGCCGCGCCCUUGUGUCCGAACUUUUCAUGCGGAAUUCGAGCAGUUUGGAUUUCAGAAUAAGGAUAAGCAUGUGAUUGUCUAGCGGGAGUCGCAUAGGGUGGGCACGUUUUUGCACAGGAAAUGGAACACCACCAAAGCGGGGACACGAAGCAGAGUCUUCUCUUGCCGCCCCGACCGUGGACGGAUCGGCGGAAAUGCUCGUUCUCGUUCACUCUGCGCGAGAACAUGCAGCUGCAAGACAAGCGAUUCGCGAGACGUGGUUGAAGCCAACACGCCCGAUGACAGGCAAAAAACUUGCCGUCACAAGUGCUAGUCCUUGGGCAUCCUAUUUCACGGUGGGCGAACAGGGCUGUGAAAUUCCUGUUGCCGCCCGAGUGGUGCAGGGCGUCAAGGCUCCUGGCGCGAACUGCACGCUGGACGACGAUCGUGCCAGCAACAUUGGAGGGGCGGCCUUUGCGGAGCAAAAGAAGAAAGAGCGGCAACUGACGGAAGCACUCCAAGAAGAAGCAAGGACCUUCGGCGACGUGGUGCUGUUGCCGGUCGUGGAUGUGUAUUUCAACGCGACGGAGAAAUGGAAAGCGGCUUUCCAGUGGGUAGCGUCGCAGGAGUUUUCGUCCGGUCUGAAGUGGCUUAUGGGGAUCGGUGACGAUUCUUACGCGAGGCCUUCCAUGUUGCAUCGAUUUCUCUUUCCGAGCCCAAGUGAGCAAGUACCUACGGUCGGCUUGGAUCCUCGGCAAGACAAGCUAAUCAUUGGAAGUCUUGCCGAAGGAGCGAAAGCGCAAAAGAACCCGCAGGAAGACAAACAUCCCGAGCUAAAUUACCCUCACGACACUUACCCAACUUUUGCCGGCGGUGCACAAGGAGUGGCUUUUUCUUGGAAUUUUGUAAAAUACGUUGCGGACCACGGCGCCGAACUGUUCCCUUAUUCGGCGGGAGACUAUCGUUGGGGCAUCUAUGCGGCAGAAGGGAAGAUUCCAGGCGUCCGCUUUAUCAAUGGGAAUGACGGAGGGGAGCGGUUUCGCAAAGAUGGAAAUUGCACCAGUCCCGACGGUAUGCAAUGCGAACGGUUCUUAGUCUGGAAGAUUGAUAGGCUCGCUAUGCCUGAAUGCCAUGAGAUGCUGCCUUUGGCUCUGUACUGCGUACUCAUGUUCGCGAAGAACGCCUCGACCUGGUCAUGCAAAAACGAAAACGCAGCUCGGCGUGCGAAAUAGGCAGCACAUCGCAGCGCGACAACCUGUCGUACUGGGGUCUACAUUGCAGUGCGCUUAUUUCGCAGGCUAGCAAUACAUACAACUGCCCAGACCCAGGGAUGUUUGCAUAGCAUAAAAGUGCUAAGUGUCAGUUCUUUCACGCCCGAUCAAAUCAGGGCAUGCGCUGCUGGCGAUGCGCAGCUCAACUCUGGCCCACCUGGUGGAUCCGCUUUUUUUCAGAAACUUUCAGCCGUCACUGGCUCGAAGGAACCGCAGAUUACGAACGGGUUUAAGAAAAAACGGGAAGAGGCCGAGGCAGAGGAGCAGAGACAGGAUGGUCGGCAAGCCGGUGUCGCGACCAACUCCACGUCGUUUCUGUGUGUUUCCCAUGUCUGUCACGCGUUGUCGGUUUGGACGGGGAGCAUGUUCCCCGAGCUUCCCCCGUCGUUUCUAAAGCUCGCUACGCCGAAACCUGAGUUUUUUCGCACUUUGGAAAAGUAUUGGGACAACUUCAUGGACCCGGGUGUGCGGGUGGUCCCGAAUGGGUUUGUGAAUUUCCGGCUCGGCGACAUUGACAUCGAACUCCUAUGGCCAAACCAUUUACCCAAUUGGACUCGUGUGCGCAAGGACUCGAACACAACGAUGGACGGGAUGGGAAUGAAUCUGUGCCUGGCGGAGCAGGUGUCUCGCGUUCUUCGCAGUUCGUGGCCCUUCCUGCUCCGAACCGUGGGGCCCCAUUGGCUGGAUAACGACCCGGCUUUUCCGGAUCACCAAGGGCUGCACGAUCGUAUGGAAGCUUUUGCCUCGGAAAUGUUGGCAGACCCCGCAUGGCGCCACACAGCAGAAGGUGCACGCGCCAGCGGCCAUUGGUCCCCCUGGGGUUUCUACAUGGUGCCCCCAGGAGGUGAAGACCAGCACCUCCCCGCAGACGAGGAAGUAUCACACAAAAACGCACACCCGCUCCGGGAACCUGCAGCCAUUAUUUAUAGCCCCGCGCGAUUGCGGCACGGAGCAAGCGCGGUGGGUGUUUCCCCUGCGAAGUGGCGUGCAAGAAAGUGCCCGCGCAAGGGCAAGUGCGAGCGCGAGGAGGGUGGCGGCUGCCAGCGUAGGGGCCCCCAGCUCCAAAAUCGCCGGCGCGGAUAGACUGUGGCAUGAACUCUGGCCGCCUUCUUGCGCGGCGUUGCGGCCCAGCAUUGCGCCCGAAGCCAACCAGGCUGGCGCAGGCCAUCUGCUCCGCCGGCUGCGCCUCUUCGGAGAGGGGGGCACACGCGGCAAAGGGGCUAGCGCCGCGUGGCAGCGCCCCUUCCUUGCUGCAGCGAAGUUGGGGCUCGCGCAGCGGACUGCCCCCCAGGGCGCGCGCGCGCGGGCCGCGGUUUCGCCCCGGCUGGCAGACUCGGCCAGGCGUGGGCAUGCCGGGCGCGGGGCGCUUCUGUCUAUCUUGCUGCCGCAGCACCCCCCCCACCGCCUGCUUCAGAGGCGGGCCGUGAUCCUUGCUGGCCACCGACCCAGCGGGCCCUCGCAAGUUGUGUUAAACGGAAAAAGGGCGAGGCCGAAUGGCUUUCGAAUGCUUUAUCUUCAUAGCCGGGGACCAUACAGUUACAGGGCGGACAAGGCAUGGCAGACACUGCUCUGCGAAUUUUCAAACCGCGCGACUUUUUGAAGCGCGCCGACGAGGGAACACUCGCCCGGGAAGUAAAACAGCAAGAAUGGUCCGGCCCCCAGAGGCUUUUCGAAAGGCCCACCUUUAGAAGGACGCAAGCAAAGGAAGCAGGGCGAGGGCCUUCUGAGGGUGGGAGCCUUUGUUUUUUUAUGUUUCGCAUGCAAACGCCGCCCGUUUCUAGAAAAGAAGCAUUUGGAUGAUUUCCGAGCCUUCUGAGGGUCUUCCUCAGCUGCAGUUUCCAUUUUUGCCACCCUUUCGAAGGUUCGGGCUGUCGUCAAAAAUAGCGCGCUUCCUGCAGAGGCCUUUGGGGACCCUGUGAAGGCCCAGAGCAGCUAGCUUUUGAGUUUGGACCCCCUGCAGGCUUUUUAUCGAAAAGGCGAAAAACCUUUCAGAACCUGAAAAAAAAGAAAAACCAGCAGAACCCCCGAACACCUCGGAGGCCGAUGGCAAAAAAAUGUGGCAGAAGCAAGCUCGCGCGAUUCAGUUCUGCGGCCUGCAAAGCAAAAAGGGGCCGCCCGCCUUUCACGGUGUUCCGAAGUGCAAAAACCCGGGGUCGUGCCUUUCGAUGACUAUCUACAGGGCCGGGCCGUCAGGCACUUUGGGGGGGGCGCCGACCUAUCUUGCCUGUGUGGUUUGUAGACCCAAAGACCCAGGCGCGCGUGGCUACUUAAAUUGGCGGCACAGAAAUGGAAUGAAUUUGGGGUGGGGGCUACAAGCAUGGCCGCUUUCUUUCGUGCAGAGUGUGGCGACGUGGUCUAGAAGCUACUGCGGUAGCGCGAACGGUCUGUGGCCGGCCGCUGAGAUCGUGUGGCAGGCAGGAAAAAUAAAAUCCGCAAAGCAUAAUUAAUUGCUGCUUUUGCUGGUAUGGGUGUGCAGCAAUUUUUGUGUAGGAUAGAGAGGCUUCCCUGGCUACGAAGUCGUGCGGAAAAUGGUGGAGCAGGCGCGGCGCCCCCUUGUCCUCAUUGGGCCGCCGCAUUUGAGUGCCGUGUCCUGCCGAUUCUUCCCAACACGGGUGGCGUUUCUCGAGGCACCACGCCCCGAAGAGAGCGGCGCCUGCGAUGGCCCCACGAAGAAGCGCCUGAAGAAAGCCAUGGCGGAGCAGUGUGAGCGGUUUCCGAGUGAAACCGUUAUUUUCCUGUUUGCCGGCGGAUCUUUCAUGAAAAUCAUUGCGGCCGAAGCGUUUGCGGAAAGCCCGGCGUGCUUACAGAGGAAAGACGUCGCGCUCGAUAUUGGCGGCUCGCUCGACCCGGCGGGCGGCGUGCGCGGGAGAAGUUACGCCAGGGACAUGAAGAAAAAUUGCCAAGAUUUUUCUCUCGCCAUGUCCUGCGAAGUUUGCAACCGCCACUGCCAAGGCAUGUGCAGCCAAUGCAGCCCGGCGACCGAUGCAAGGAGUGACUGCACUGAAACAGCGCCGGGCGGCUCAGGAACGGCAAACGGGGGAGAGGCAUUUCUUUCGCCGCGAUAG